AUGGCCUCGGCGGCCCUGCGGAGGAAGCUGUGUGAUUUUCGGUUCUGUGGGGCCCUGGCCACCCUGAAGGGUCAGUCAGUGAGUCAUGUCCACACAGCAGUCACGAGCCAUCCUUGCUGGGGGAUCUUCCAGCAGAGGCCCUCCAGGGCCAGCUACUCCCGCACCUGUUAUCUCAGCUUCCUCUCUGAGCCCAGGAGCAAGCUGCAGCCUGAGGACCAGCCAGUGUUUCCUCCAGUGCCUGAACAGGGCAGGACGCAGCCUAACCCCAGCCCAGUGGACGGGCAGAGGGUCCCCGGCAGGCUAGCUACUGUCACCCGCUGGACGGAAGCCUUGCACCUCUUGAACACGGAGGAGACACAGCCCGAUGCUGGGGCAACAGGAGCCGUGCCCCCACUCUGGGAAGUGAGAAGGAUGGAUGCCCAUGAAGGGCGGUCGCAGGAUGUCCCCACGGCUUCCUGCCCUGAGUUUGAACGGGACCCUGGGGAGGUGACAGAUGCUGGCCUGGUGGCUCUGUUGCAGGCCCUGGCUGUGUCACACGUGGCCCCUCCAAGCAGCGUGUUAGACGCGCUGGUGGCAGAGUGCCAGAAGCGGGUGCAGACGGGCAGCCUGAGUGUCCAGCAGCUCUGUGCACUCGGAGGAAGUCUGAUUGCACUUCUGGGGCCCGGCUGCGUAGCACUGGACCUGGUCAUCGCUCAGCUGCAGGGUGUGGCUCCCGAGGCGCUGUCCGCCGAGGAUGUUGUGGCCAUUUAUCGCAUGCUCCAGGCGUGCCCCGGCCAGGUGGACCAGCACCAGGCGCUGCUGACCAAGUUACACUGUGUCACCCUGGCCCUGGUCUCCGGCCUGAGCCCCACGGCCAUCAGCCAGGUGCUCAGUGCCCUGGUGACCCUGGACCAGACCCAGGCGCUGCCCCUGGUGCUGAAGCUGAGCAGAUACGCCGUGCGGCACAUCCCACGCUUCUCCAGCCAGGCGCUGGGCUGCGUCCUGGAGGCCUUUAUCCACUUCGGGCUCAACGACAGGUUCUUCACCGCGGGGCUGGAGCGGCACGUGCAGGCCCAGGGGCUCACGCUGAGUCCCGAGGCGGCCAGCCACAUCGCCAGCUACUGCGGCCAGAAGCUGAUCCUGUCGGCGCCCAUCCUCGACGUGGUGGCCGAGAGCUUCGUCGCCCAGCCCGGGCCCUUCUCCCCGGAGCAGCUGGUCAGGCUGGUGGAACCGUUCGGCACGCUCGGCUACCUGCCGCCCAACGCCCCCGCCUUCUUCGCCAAGCUGGAGAGGAGUCUGUCUGCCCAUCUCAGGGACUUCCCCCCCAAGGCACUGCUGAGACUCCUCCACGCCUGUUCACUGCUCGGCCGUCACCCCAUAAACUUCAUGCCGAAGAUCUUCAGCCCCUACUUCCUUCAGCAGCUGCAGGGUGAAGAGCCCCAACUGGACAGGGUAAGCCUGGCCCAGCUGACCCAGCUCUUCCUGAGCUCCAUCCUGGAGUGCCCCUUCUAUAAGGGCCCCAAGCUGCUCCCCAAGUACCAGGUGAAGUCAUUCUUCACGCCGUGCUGCUCCGUAGAGACCCCUCUGGACUUCCAGCUGUACAAGUCUGUCAUAAGUGGUCUCAUCCAGCUUCUGGGAGCAAGGACGUACUUUGGCUCCAGAGUGCUCACCCCCUCUUGCUACACGAUCGAUGUGGAAAUCAAGCUGGACAGAGAGGGCUUUGUGUUGCCAUAUACAGCCUACGAAGAUGUGCAUAAAAGGGUGGUGCUGUGUAUAGAUGACCCCAAAAGAUUUUGCUCCAAUACCAACCACCUGCUGGGCAAAGAAGCCAUUAAACAGAGGCACCUGCAUCUGCUCGGCUAUGACGUCGUCCAGAUCCCCUACCACGAGACGAAGCUGCUCAAGUCAACACUGGAACUGGUGGAGUAUCUACAGAGAAAGCUGUUCGCUCAGAAUGGCAGGUCUCAGCACGCGGCCCUCACCAUGGACAGGAGAGACCCCGGCCUGGAAGUGCCUAUGAGGGGCACCAAGCCUGCGGGGCACACUGGGCAGGGUCCUUUCCGGACCUGGGGCUGCGCAGAGACACCCCCGCCACCCCAGCAGCUAAUAAGCGGGGUGUCGGUGGAUGCUUUCCAGAAGGUGUCCCGGAAUCUCCGGGAUCUGAGAUGGAGUCACGUCCGAGGACUGGCCGCAGGGCUGGUGCGAGCUCAGUGGGGACGCAUCGUGGAGGCAGAUGGACGUGAGACGAAGGCCCGUCCAUGUGCGAGCUCCCAGCAGACACUGACGCUGCCCUCCAUGCCCUCCACUCCUGAGUGCCCGGGCUUCCCGAGUGUCAUGUGGGAGAAAAGGAAAUGGGGAGCAGAGUCAGCCCAUGUGGGCAGCCAGAAGGCUCUGCCUACAGGAGAGGGGCGAAGCUCCACAGGGGGCAGACAGCUCAGGUCAGCUGUGGAUGUGAGCCCGGCAGGCAGAAACCCCACCACCCCAGUACGGGGCCCUCACCACCCACUGUGGGGGCCCCAGUGCGGGGACCCCACCGCCCCAGUGUGGACACCCCAUCACCCCAGUGCCAGGCCCUCACCGCCCAGUGCAGGGCAGUGCAAUGAGCCAUGCUCUGCCCAACACCUGUCCCAAGCUAGGAAACGCCAAGCCUUGGGCAUCAAGUCCGUUCCGACCCUGAGUGACCAUCAGACCCAGCAGGACUUCCCAGCAGCCUCCUGGGCGGUCACUGUGCAGGACAUCACCCUGUAG